AUGCACUUUAAAUCAGAGUUCGCAGAGGAUAGUACGACGCCUCCGAAAUCACCGACAAUGUCAGAAAAUCUCAACACAGAGUCGCUACCGUCACCUUGGGUCAAGCGAUGCUCACAAAGAGGCGAAAUCUUCACUCAAUUUGGAAACUCACCAGCUCCUUCUAUACUCGCCUCUAGGACCCUCCAUGAUCGCGAUCCCGUCCCGGUUUUACUCCAGCCAAUUCACACCCCACAGAUGAACACAUCGAGUUCAUCAGAUCUCACGUCCCUUCCGUUUCCUUCUUCUCGUACCCUGCCUGCGCCUACUGGAUUUACCAAAUACAUGAGAACAAUGAAAUCUGAAUCCCAACAGCACAGCUCACAAACACUGCCUCCAGCGCGCCAGAUGUUUCGCAAACGCCGAGAACUUCUGUUGAUUCAAGCCCUAAAGGACAGCAUCGUCAACUUUUCUAGGACCAACAUGGCUCUGCGUGCAUCUAUAGCUGAGGAGGUAAAGAAGAGCGUGGAGGACAAUUUGACAGGUGUUGAAAAAGACCCUGUGCAAACCGUCAUGACAGUUGGCUCCCACGGAAGAAACUAUUGGAGCAAAGUUCACCAAGAAUGCCAUCAUGGCCGGGGCGAUUGGAAGAUUCAGCCUCUCCACCGUAUCUACUCAAAAAAGGACAUCGAGAGGAUAUUGUUCUUUUGGGCUAUUCAUCAGAGCACUCUUUCGUACGGAGAUAUUGAUUGCAGGUUGCAUUUGCCAGUCGGUGCUCUUCUUUCAUGGAUACUGGGAUGUAUCGAUCGUGUGGAGGAAAUCUGAGGGUGGAAACUAGAUUGAUGUAUCUAUAUUUAUACUACGUGUGCUAGCGCUACUUUAU